AUGGGUAACAUAUGGGGAAUUUUUAAGCCGAAUCAUGGAGCUUCUGAACCACAGAAAUUGCCUGUUCACGACCAUUUCUUACAACCUACAUCGUUUAUAGUUGAUUGCUCUGGUUGCUCUGAAACUAAGAAUGAUGCACAAGGGUACUUUUGCUUUGAGUGCAACUUCUAUGUCGCCAGGUCUCCCUUAGAGAUCAACCACCCUUCUCAUUCGCACCCUCUUAAGCUCCGUUGGUGCGGACCACCUAGCUAUAGUGAUAAACGUUGCUGCUUGUGUGGAGAAACGCUUCGGCUUUUGGUUUACCAUUGUUCCACUUGUAACUUUAGUUUAGACACGGCUUGUGCGAGGAAGCACUUUUCUUGUGGAGUUUGUCGUCUUGAGGUUAACUGGAGGUAUGGAAGAUACAGCUGCUCGAUUUGCCCUGAUUAUGUCAUCCAUCUGAGAUGUGCAACAAGAGAUGAUGUGUGGGAUGGAAUAGAUCUUGAUGGAACACUCGAAGAAGAAGAGGAGAUCGAAGAGUCAUUCCAAGUUGGUAUUGUUUGUCAUGAAACUAUCCACUGCAGCGCUUGCGCUCUACCUGUCUAUUUCGAUGCAUUCUACAUAUGUUCGGUUUUUGAUUUUGUUCUUCAUGAGACCUGCGCAACUCUUCCCCGGAAGUUAAGGCAUGAGCUACACAAGCACACACUUACUCUACGACCAAACACUACUCCAGAUGAGGAGCAUGGUUAUAACUUGUUCAACUGCACUGUGUGUCAGCGGCUCUGCAGUGGAUUCAAGGAGCCGUUCAUCCAUGAAAGUCAUCCGCAGCAUCCCUUGUUUCUUACCUCAUCUGAACCCAUUGACUGUGGUGCUUGUAAUGAGAUUGCAUCACCUGUAUUGAACUGCGUUGACUGUGGCUUUUCUUUGGGAUAUGACUGCGCUACUUUGCCUAACAAGGUCAAGCACAAAUGUGACACACAUUUUCUCUCUGUCUGCUACUAA